AUGUGCGAUACGAUUCUUGGGCUGUUCCCACAUGGGCCGCCUGCCACACCUGUUAAGGGCUCAGCGGCGCGGGGAGCUAUGGCGGGAGGAGGAGAGGCAGCGGAUUCGUCGACGAGGGCUGCCGGCAUCAGCGGGGUAGCACGUUUGUUUAAGGAUGUUGGAGGAACAUGGACUGCUCCGACAACUGAUUUUAAGCUCAAGGAUGCGCAACUCCCUAGCUUUGAUGGCCAUGACCCCUUGGGAUGGGUUGCUAGGGCCGAACAACACUUCGUAUUGCACGGAGUUCCCGAGGAGAUUAAGGUGAGUCUUGCGCGAGUCGCGAUGGAAGAUGUGGUGCUGCAUUGGUCCCGUUGGCAUAUGAUGAAGCAUGCUUCUGCCUUCUGGAUCGAAUUCUCACAGGCAUUAGUCACUAGGUUUGACGAUCGAUUCAUGGGAAAUCCGUAUGAGAGGAUGGUGACGUUAAGACAAACAGGCUCGGUUGAUGAAUAUGUCAAUUUAUUCACUCAACUUGCUACUCAAGCCCAACCAUUGACUGAAGCGCAAGCCUUAGGAUAUUAUUUAGGGGGCUUGAAACAAAUUAUCAGAAAUAAGUUAAGGGUAGUGGAGCCCCCGGAUCUCGAAUCUGCAAUCCGCAAUUUUACCUGCGAAAAACCUCUUCGACACUACGAAAUAACCUGGUUGGGAGCUGGAAGCAGUAUCUCCUCACACACAGCUGGAAGAGUAGAGAACCGCCAUUCGACUAGCAGCAAUAUUGUGGGGGGGGGGGGGCAACGAUCAGUCACUUCAGCCCCUUCCUCAAGGGGUAGCACAAGAAAAUUAAGUCGCGACGAGUAUCGUGAGUGUCAAGAGAAACGCCUUUGUUACAAGUGCAAACCACCCUAUAGUCCACUCCACAAAUGCGAAAGUAAAUAUCUUAAUGUUGCGGUGAAGGAUGAUUUAGGCAACUGGGUUGCGGAGUUAAGAGAGAUGAGAGAGGGCGAAUUUACUGAGGAGGCGGAACCUACCAUGGAAAGUGACGAACCGCCUGAGGAGGAAACAACACAGGGGGCCCUUCCUUUAUACGCCUUGGCUGGAUUUUCGGGACCCCGAACCAUGCGUCUCUGUAGUAGUCUUUUUGGAUUUAGCGUAACGGUACUAAUCGACAGCGGUGCAAGCCAUAAUUUUAUUUCCCAAAAAUUGGUUCUACAUGCCAAAUUGAACGUAGACGCCACACAGGAAUUCAACGUGGUACUAGGCGUUGGUCGUAAGGUUGCAAGUACGGGAGUAUGCUCGAAAUUGAGUAUACAGAUCGAUGGAGCAGAAGUGCAGGCAGACUGUCACGUAUUUCCUCUUGGUGGGGUGGAUAUAAUAUUGGGUGUCGCAUGGCUCAGGACAUUAAGAAAAAUUCAGAUGGAUUGGGAAGCCUUGGAGAUGCAGUUAUACUCGGCGGGGCAGCAGGUGACCUUUCGCAGCGAUCCAAGGCUGUAUCGGGGCCUAGAAACUAUUCAGAACUUGCUGGAUAUUAUAGAGGUGGAAUUUAGUGCCUUACUUUUACGUUCAGUUAUCGAGAAUUACCACAGCAGCCCUGAGAACGGGCCUGCAAUGCUGCCGGAAAUUGUGCAGAUUCUUGAGGAAUUCCCUGAGGUGUUUGCAGAACCGAAUGAGUUGCCACCGACUCGUCAUAGCGACCACCGCAUUCCAUUGAAACCUGGAGCAGUGCUGGCAUCUGUACGCCCCUACAGGUACGGACAGAUCCAAAAAGAUGAGAUUGAACGUUUUGUACACGAUAUGCUUGUUGGAGGAAUCAUCUGUCCCAGCACUAGCCCUUUUUCAAGCCCCGUUUUACUGGUCAAAAGGAAAGAUGGGAGUUGGAGGUUUUGUGUUGACUACCGAGAGCUCAACAAAUCCACCGUUGCCGACAAAUACCCAAUCCCGGUGAUUCAAGAGAUUUUAGAUGAGCUUUCCGGUGCAACAAUAUUUUCUAAAAUUGAUCUUCGCUCAGGCUAUCACCAAAUUCGAGUGGCCCCGGAGGAUGUGCAUAAAACUGCUUUUCGGAUUUACAGCGGGCAACCAUGA